UUGGCCGGUACGGUUUGUGUGUGCUACGCGAACGGAACACAGAAUUUGCCAAUGGAUAAUAUACCUAUAUAGUAUACACUAAACAGAAAGCUCGAUUAUGUUAAGCAAAAAUUAAGCCAACUGCCACAAAAGAGAAAAAAAUAUUAUUUUUUUUUUAUUUAAAAUUACGAAAAAAAUACAAUUUUUGCACUUCAAAUUGAGUAGUAAAAAAAUAAAAAAAAAUAAUAAAAUAGUGAAAGAAAUUUAUGUGAAGAAAAAUUGUAGGUUGUGUUAAUGACAGGCUAUAAAAUAUAAAAAAAAAAAUAUAAAAAUGCAUAAAACGAAUUGUAAUACAUUUGCACUUAUUUUUGGGGUCAUAUUUUGUAUAUUUGGCACACUUUUCGUCAACGUUAAUGCCGAGCAAACAGCACCAGUAACUGCAGCCCCACAUUCCGCCUAUGAUAAUCGGGGCCAUCGCAAUGGUGUUACGAAUCGUUGGAAUCGGCUAAGUCCAAGCACAAUGGCACCUCACAUCUGCGAGUACAAAGAGGUUUUAGAUGGUCUUCACGAUCGCGUCGGUAUUUUAGCAACAAUUGAUGAGGACUUACGGAGUCGCCUAGAGAAAAUUGACCAAAAAUUAAACAAAAUUGAUGACAGCAAUACGGGUCGCUUGGAAUCAAUGAGUGCACAACAAAUGGAUUUCUUGAAACGUUUGGACUCAUUGGAAUUGAUAGAACGCAUGACAAAACGUGAUGUUGAAGAAUUGAAAGGUGAUAACUUUCCUAAACGAAAAAGAAACAAUCGCAAUUCAUUUGAAGGGCAUGUUGGUAAAAAAAAAGAGAUUGUUAAGUCUCGCGAGACACGUCAGGUAAGUGCAGGUGCACAAGAUGAUCAAGUUGAUCCAUUAUACAAGAGACCGACGUUAACCGAUUCUCAAAAAUUGGAUGCAAUCGCAACAUUAUUAACAGAAACGACACGUAAAGUACAGUCAUUACGAAAUGAAUUGGUUUCAAACAUCACCAGUUUAAGUCAAACCACGAGUCAUUUACAUAGACGCUUAAACGUCCUCCAGCGCCGUCAACAGAAUGGUGUAGGCGUACAUCAACAAUACCUUCCACCAGUACAACCCCCAGUAUUCUAUGCUCCUCCAAGUACUUCACAACCACUGAUCACCAGCUGUGCACAGAAUGCAGUCACUGACAAUAGCAUAUUAAGACUACAGUUAACAGAAACAUCCGUACCAUUUUAUGUACGCUGUGAUGAGAGUUUCAAAAACGGCGGUUGGACUAUAAUAUUUAAUCGUUUCUUGGGUGACACGAGUUUUCAACGAGAUUGGGCUGAAUAUAAAAGUGGUUUCGGCAAUUUGGCUGGUGACUUCUUUAUAGGCCUGGAGAAAUUACAUGCACUCACUUCAUCUGCAGUUCAUGAAUUAGUCGUAAUUCUGGAAGACUUUGCGAAUGAGCAAGCCUAUGCCAGAUACAAUCUUUUUGGAAUUGGUAGUGAAGAUGAAGGAUAUGCUUUAAAUUUACUUGGAAACUAUACAGGCACUGCUGGAGAUUCACUUACAUAUCACGCUGGUUAUAAGUUUUCAACUUACGAUAUGGAUAACGAUGGUUGCUUGGAAUGUAAUUGCGCGCAAGCGCAUAUGGGCGCUUGGUGGUAUAAUUGGUGCGAACAAAGCAAUCUUUUCGGCAAGUACUACUUGGACAACUAUAGCAGUGCACCAUCAUUUCAAGGUAUGUAUUGGCAUCAUUUUCGUGGUCCCAAUUACUCGCUACGUGCGGCAAGAAUGAUGAUUCGUCCGGUGGCAGCAGGAGACGCGACUACUGUGAGGCGUUAAUAAGCUUAAUAAAUUCACUCAAAAUUGAUCGCUUCAGGGACUUAAUUCGAUUGAAUUCGAAUAUUUUCGCUCGUUUCUUAUACUCACUGCUGAAUAGAAUUUGUGUUCAAUACUUUUACUUUAGUCUCGUGUAUGUUUACGAAAUUAUUUCGCCAAAUCUUUUACAUUUUGUAAAACGAAGUUAGUUUUUAACAAUUUUACAUUUAAAUUUAACUUUGUUAA